AACGUAGGUUUUUUUUUGUUUUGUUUCCUAGCUUCAUUGUCUGUCUCUUCAAAUGGACGAACAAAGUGGUGGACAGAGAGAGGGAGGGUGGGGGGGGAGGGGAGAACCUGAGAGCAGCAGAAUAAUCUGUAGAGAUGUUGUUACAGGACAGACACUGACUCAGUCCAAAUUAGAAUUCACUGUGAUAUUAAAAAAUAACAUCGUCCUCUGUCACUUCCUGUUUCCUCUGAUUGAAAACAUAUGUAAAUAUACAUAUAUAAAUAUAUAACUAUAAAUGGAACUUCAACUUCAAAUCACCACAUGUGAGUGGGAAGUUGAAGCGUGUACCUUUUAACCGGUAGGGGGCGGACCCCAUGACAUCACUGUCUGUUGUCCGCACCUGCUGCUGUUGAACUUUGUCUCCUCUGAACCGAGCCGAGCUGCCGGGAGACAAAGACCAGCGGAGGGACUGGACUGGACCAGGUACGGAGUGGUCAACUGAUGGUUCUGAACUUUGACACCGAGCACAGGUAGACCGGAAGUUCCACAGCUUUUCUCCACCCGGCAAAUACGUCAUGGGCCGACAUCGGUACUUUAUGCUGAACCAGCGGAGCAUGCUGGUCCUCGGUGUCCUCCAGAUCGCCUGCGCCGGUCUGUGUGUAGUCUGCGGCUUCAUGGACGCGGUUUUCCGUAAGAACACGGCGCUGAGCAGCAGCAGGACCCCGCUGUGGGGGGGGCUGGUGAUGCUGUCUCCAGGUGUCCUGGCUCUGUUUGCCUCCCAAAGGAAACACUCAGUGCUGGUGAGCGUGAUGGUGGCGGCAGCAGGUCUGUCCUGCGUGGCCGUGCUGGUUAUAUCUGGCUACGCCUGUCUGACGCUCACGUACGGAGAAGAGGACGAGGACGUCUUCCAUCGCCACGACAGUCCUCAGGUGACCUUCGUGCUUCAUCGGAUGGUGAAGGGGGCCAACGCCACCAUCCUCCUGUCCUGCGUCAUCGGCCUGGCUCUCUCCUCCCUGAUUGGUUACGUCGGCUCACGCAGUCUGCCUUUCUGUGGCUGCUAUGAUACCAGGAGUGGACUGGAGACACUCGUCCCUCAGUGUGACCCCGGGGACACUGAGAUGGUCUGUACCUGGCACACAGGGGGAGACAACAGGCUCUUCAACUCUCCAGCACAACCUAUGGAGUCAGGCACCACAGAGGGGGAGGACGGCCCAUCAGGUCUGCCUCCAUACAGCAGACUGACCUGACCCCCCCCCACCCCCCCAUAAAUGCAGCAGUGUGAGGGGGCGCCCUCUGUUGACAGCUGACUGAUGACGACAUUGUGGUUGUCCAAACACGUGGACUGAAUGACGUCCUGUUGGAAAUGACAUUUCAAACAUGUUGAAGGAAUAAAAAUCAGAAAUGA